AUGUUGGUUGAGUCCUUUUGCCUACCCUUCGAUGGCCACGUCUUCGCCAGCCUCGUGAGGAACACGGACGUGUCAGACUUGGAUUCCCGCGCGAGCCCCACUUCCGAGCAAAACUUCUCCGCCUCGGACGACGGCGAGGCGGCGAUCCCCUUCAGCACCGAGGACUUCGAACGGCUCAACGACAUCUCCUGA